AUGGAACAUACUCCCACACAAACGGACAGCUUGCUAAAGCGGCUAUCUGGACCUUCAUCUGGAAAGGCUGGACUAGCAAAAGAUCAGACCGAAAUUAAUAAAAUAAUUGCAGAAGUGUCCAAAGGGUCAAAGUUCUAUGAGGUGCGAGACAUCUAUGACCGAAAUGAAACCGAUACCCAUGCCACUUUUCAGAAUGAGAAGCGCAAAGAUGCACAGCUCACCGUUCGAAUUGAAAAGCUGCUCGCACUACGGGAUAGUUUAAUGAAAAAUGCUCGAAUUGCCGAAAUCGAGGCCACAGUAGACAAACAAUUGGCAGAGAUCGAAUCGCAACGAGAUUUCUCACAGAUCAUUUGCCAUGCGGACAUGGAUGCGUUCUAUGCGACGGUUGAGACCUUGGAUAACCCAUCACUUGAAGGUACGGCUUUUGGUGUAGGAAUAGGCGUGCUUUCAACAGCUAGCUAUGAGGCUAGAAAGUUUGGCGUUAGAUCGGGGAUGGCUACCUUCGUGGCUAAAGCGUUGUGUCCACACCUCAACCUAUUGCCCAUGAGAUUUCAUCGAUACUCGGAGAUGUCCAACCGAGUUUUUAACGUGUUAAGAAAGUACGACCCAAAUCUGCUAGCUGCAGGGUGCGACGAAGGCUACCUGAACCUCACUUCAGUUUGCGAGGAGGCGAAUGAAUCUCCGGAAGUUCUCGUACAGCGUAUGCGCGACGAAGUCUACAAAGAAACUGGGUUAACCAUGAGUUGCGGAGUUGCACCUAAUAAAGCUUUGGCAAAGAUCUGUUCCGAUCUCAAUAAGCCUAACGGGCAAUACAUUAUGCCAUUCGAUCGAUCUGUUAUUCUGGAAUUUACAAGGAAACUUCCGAUGCGCAAGAUGCCGGGUACCGGUCGAGUGACCGAACGAAUACUCGAAAGCCUGGGGGUUAGGGCAAGUACAUGUGGUGAUGUAUUCACGCAUCGAGCUCAGUUGUAUCUUCUUUCGCAACAAAACAAACUUCACCUCCACUCGCUUCUAUGCGCGUACUUGGGCGUGCAUGAUAAUACGGUUGCUCCGUAUACCCGAGAUUCGAGACGCAGUCUGGGGUAUGAGCGCACAUUCAAUCCACAGAAUGAUUCGAAGGUUCUUCUCGAAACUCUUGAUAAGAUUGCUGAAGGGCUUGCCCAAGAUUGCGAGAAAAGAGGGUGGGCCGGAAAAACUCUAACACUCAAGUAUAAGCUUGAUAAUUAUCAAACAUUUUCCCGAGCCAAGCCACUGCCCAAAUGGACAAUGACCAAGGAAGAUCUAUUACCGCAUGCCCAAGAGCUUCUUGUGAAAGAGUUCCCUCUUUGCCUACGUCUCAUGGGACUCCGUUUGACCAAUUUAAAAGAUCUUAAAGAAGACACUAAUGCUGGGCUCAAACGGUUCUGGGCUCAAGGACCAGGUGUUUCAAAAGCUGGGAAUAUGAAACCCAUAGACGAAGAAUCGGAUGCGGACAGCGAUUUAGGGCUAUGGGAAGUGGAUUCUCAUGGCGAGCCUGUGAUAGCUGACACAUCGACGCCUAGUAAACACUUAAGUACAACCGUCCCGAACACAUGCCCAGAGUCCAGUUGCACCAAAGGGCCAACAUUUAAGCAAACCAAGCUGUCUAUUUCCAGGGGGUCGGUCCCUCUUGAAAGAUCAAGUGCCCCGAAGCGGAAGCGUAGUGCGUCUGUCGGUCCCAGUCUUGGGAAUAAGAGCAGCAAAACCGAUCCAAGUAAAAGAAGGCCCGGGCCAUUACCAACGGGACCAAAAACCGUCCAUAAGAUUGUUAUCGACGUGGAUUCACUAUGUCCAGACUGUUUACAAGACAUCGAUCUCGAUCAUCAACGUUCUGCGACAUGUCCCCAAGCGGCAAAAGAAGAUAGCUUAGCGGAUAAAAACAAACUUACAGGCCGAGGCACUAAACAAUCCGCUCAAGCCAAGUUACCCUCACUUUUUAACCGGAAACAGUCAUAG